CCGGCGGCUGCGGCAGCCGCGAGCCGGGCGUGAGCGGGGCGGUGCGAGGGCGGCCGAGGUGAGGCUGCGCCGCCGCGGCAUGGAUUACCCCGAGCCCGGCUCGCCGCAGGGCGCCUGGGAGCUGCCCGGGGAAGGCGGCGGCGGCGGUUACGGCGGCCGCUACGAACGGGCGACCGGCGGCGAGGAGGAGGAGGAGGAGGAAGCGGCGGAGCGUCCCCUGGCCCGCCCGCCCCGCCGCCCCCGGCAGCGCUCCGUGCCGCCGCUCCGCGCCGCGCUCUCCACCUCCUCCUCCGAGGAGGGGGAACCGGAGGCGGCCACCCCGAGCGACUCGACCGGCGGCGGCGAGUUCGAUUCGGCCGAGUCCGGCGCUUCGCUGCGCUACUCCUCCGGCACCGGGGAAAGCGGCGAGGGCGCGGGGCUGGCGAGCGGAGAGAGCGGCGGCGGCGGCGGCUCCGCGCUGCCCGAGAGGAAACGGCAGCGCUCGGCGGCGGGCGGCGGGCGGCCCCGCUAUGAGGUGGUGCGGGAGCUGGGGGCCGAGGAGGUGCGCUGGUUCUACCGGGAGGACCGGAAGAGCUGGAAGCCCUUCAUCGGUUACGACUCGCUGCGGAUCGAACUGGCCUUCCGAGCUCUCGGCCCCGGCCCCGAACGGACGGCGGUGGAGCCGGUGUGCGUGCGGAGCGGGCUCUACGAGGUGGACGUGGCCAACGCCGAGUGCUACCCCGUCUACUGGAACCAAUCGGAGAAGAUUCCCGUAAUGCGUGGGCAGUGGUUCAUUGAUGGGACGUGGCAACCUCUGGAGGAGGAGGAAAGCAACCUGAUAGAGCAGGAGCACCUCAACCGCUUCCGGGGCCAGCAGAUGCAAGAGAGCUUUGAUAUGGAAGUAUCAAAACCUGUUGAUGGAAAGGAAGUUCUCUACUACCUCCCUCCCUUCUCCCUCCCUUCUUUGUUCAAAUGGAGAGGAUAUAAGGAGAAUUCAGAUGCUGCAUGUCUUAAACGAAAGCGUUCCCAAGCUAUUCAUAGUCUAAAGUUGAGUCGCAACCAUGUGGACUGGCACAGUGUGGAUGAAGUGUAUCUGUACAGUGAUGCAACGACAUCUAAAAUUGCAAGAACUGUUACACAAAAGUUGGGGUUUUCCAAAGCUUCAAGUAGUGGGACAAGGCUACAUAGAGGCUAUGUAGAAGAAGCUACCUUAGAAGACAAGCCACCACAAACUAGUCACAUUGUGUUUGUUGUGCAUGGUAUUGGGCAGAAAAUGGACCAAGGAAGGAUCAUCAAAAAUACAGCUAUGAUGCGAGAUACUGCAAGAAAAAUAGAAGAAAAGUAUUUUUCCAAUCUUGCAACACACGUUGAAUUUCUUCCAGUUGAAUGGAGGUCAAAGCUUACCCUCGAUGGAGACACUGUGGACUCCAUUACUCCAGACAAAGUACGGGGUUUGAGGGACAUGCUAAACAGCAGUGCCAUGGAUAUCAUGUAUUAUACAAGUCCUCUUUAUAGAGAUGAACUUGUCAAGGGGCUGCAGCAGGAGCUGAACCGCCUGUACACGCUGUUCUGCUCUCGGAAUCCAGAGUUUGAGGAGAAAGGAGGGAAAGUCUCCAUUGUGUCCCACUCUCUGGGCUGUGUCAUCACCUACGACAUCAUGACUGGCUGGAACCCGGUCAGCCUGUAUGAACAGUUGCUGCGGAAAGAGGAGGAGGAGCUUGAAGACAGUUGGAUGAGUUAUGAGGAGCAACGUUUACUUGAAGAACUUUACAUAACCAAACAACGGUUGAAAGAGAUAGAAGAGAGGUUACAAGGCUUAAAGGCAUCCACCAUAGCAAAAACACCUGUCUUAAAAUUUAAGGUUGAGAAUUUCUUUUGUAUGGGGUCUCCACUAGCAGUGUUUUUGGCAUUGCGUGGCAUCCGUCCAGGAAACAGCGGGAGCCAAGAUCAUAUUCUGCCCAGAACGAUUUGUAACCGCUUACUAAAUAUUUUUCACCCAACAGAUCCAGUGGCCUAUAGAUUAGAACCUUUAAUCCUGAAGCACUACAGCAACAUUUCACCAGUCCAGAUCCACUGGUACAACACCACAAACCCUCUACCUUACGAACAUAUGAAGCCAAGUUUUCUCAACCCAACAAAAGAACCUACCUCAGUUACUGAUGGCGAAAGUGCUUCGACUGUACCAAGCCCAACUACUUCACCAGUCAUGGUUCGACGCCACUACGGGGAGUCCAUAACCAACAUAGGCAAAGCCAGUAUACUGGGAGCUGCGAGCAUCGGGAAGGGCCUCGGAGGGAUGCUGUUUUCGAGAUUUGGUCGCUCGAGUACACAGACUGCAGAGCCAGGAAAAGAUGGAGCGGAAGGGGACGACAAGAAGAGCGCUGUGGGAACGCCGCCUUUCUCACACAGCAGCUCGGGCUUCCUCGAACCCACGUUGGAACUGGAGCACAGGAUUGAUUUCGAGCUCAGGGAAGGUCUGGUGGAGAGCAGAUACUGGUCUGCAGUCACGUCGCACACUGCCUAUUGGUCAUCUCUGGAUAUUGCUCUUUUCCUGCUAACCUUCAUGUACAAACACGACCAGGACGAUACUGACAAAUCCAAUUUGGACGCUAUCUGAAUUUUUGACUGGGGUUUGGGAGGGAUGGGAAAGGAAAUCUGAAAACCAAUGGCACAAAACAGAUGUUAAACCGCAGUAUGUAUGGCAUGGAGGUUUCAGGUUUAAGUGCAUGUUUGGGUUUUUUCCUGUUUCUAAGGAGCAAAAAUGAUUUGUAUGGAAAAGCACUUUAUAGUUUCAAACGUUUUGCAGUGCUUAAUCAGACCUGAAAUUGUUCCAAAUUCCUGUUGACUUUGCAUAAGAAGACGACACAACGUGCAGCACCACUUACACUCCGUUGUGCAUUGUGCUCGGGUGACAUUCUUGUUGAUGACCAUAAUUGCUGUUCAGUUCAUUAAAGUAUAAAAAGAGGAGUUGAUUUAAAAAAAAAAAAAAAAAAAAAAAAAAAAAGAAGAAGCAAAAUUAAUUUCCAUUAACAAAGUAUGUGUUACUUACAAACCUAAAACUGCCAUGUUCCAAUGUUGUAUGUGUCAGUCAGUAACGAACGGUGGUGUCAUUUCUCUAGGAUCUGUUCAGCUCCACAUCCUGUUAUCCACGGUACCAUUCUGAGUGCUGGCUGCUGGGCUGUGUUCUACGUGGCACAUGGAGAAACCAAUGCUGAAAAGCACCACGAGGAUAUGAAAAACUGUAAUUAUAAUUUAUUAUCUCCGUUUCAUUUUAUCCCAGUGUAUAAAACAUUACUUUUUUACUGGUUUCUUUUGACAUAAUUUAAGAACCACGUUUAUUUUCUACAGCGUUAAGACUUUUUCUCAGAAAUGCAUAUCUUUGUACUACUAUUCAGAUGAAUAUAUGGACACUGUGGCACACUUUAAGUAUUUUUUCAUUAAAAUAAAUAUUUGUGGUUUCACACAAAUGACGUUAAUCACCUUCUUCUCAAAGGUGAGUCAUUGCUUGGCCAGGUCCCACGUGUCUCUGAAAUGUAUGAAGGCUUUGACCUCAGUGUGUAGAGGGUCCCUUUGCCAUGAGUAGGUGUAUAUAUGUGUGUUUUUGUGUAGAAACAUAUAUUUGUGUGUGUAUAUAGACAUGCAGGGAGCCGUCAAGAAGAAGGAGAGCAGCAUUAUAUAAACUGGGCGAAACCUGAGGAUACCAGAACUUAGAUUGGAUUUGUAUCUGAAACUAAUUCAGGAGCCUCCAGGAGGGAUGUGUUGUGAUGAGAGGAAAUAUCUCCCAAUGAAACACCAAAAGGCCAUUGCUGGGAUGUUCAGCCAUGCACAGCUCUAGAGCAGAAGUGUCAGAUCCACAGCCUCUGCACUGCCUCUGGCUCGGGUAUUUAUGGUCUGUGUGGCAUGUUUAGAAGCUGCAGAAUCUCAGCUUUCUUUUGCAGAGGAUGAGGCCGUGGUGGCAGCCAAUAGCUGUGUUCUCAAUGUAAACAGAUGUGGGACCAUCAGCCCCAACCAGCAGCCUUCCCUCCUGAAAUGUGGGAGGGGGAGGGCAGCAGCACUGCUGCGGGGCUCUUGUUUGUGCCCGAGCGUGUAGUGCAAUGGGGGAGGAAUGGGGCGUGAGGCUGUGUGUUGUGGUUAGGGAUUUAGCAGCAAUUAUAAAGGGAUAAACAGUGCAGAGGGGGUAAAGGGAGGAAUGGGAGGUGGGGGGGAAGGGUAGAAGAUGAUGGGAACGGUGCUGCUAUAAAUGCAGCAAGACACUGGGUCUAUGGAACUCUGGCUACUAAAUCCUUUUGGCUUCAGUGAAUCGUAACUCAUGCCUGGCAAGUUCACCUUGGUUGAUGAAUAAUCAUUAAAAAUUCAAGUCUGCCCUUUAAGCGGAGGGGAGUUUGACACCUAUGUUCCAGAAAACAGGCUUUUGUUUUUGCGGCUGCUUUCGUUGUUCAAUCAACCUUUCUUAAUUAGGAGAACUUGAACAUAAAAGGAGAAUCUCCUUUUAUGUUUGGAACAUGCAAAACAUUUCCGAAUGCGCCCGGUUGGUGCUCGGGGUUGGAUGGUGUCACGGCUGCACCAUCCCCUCCCAGCAGUGCAUCUCCACGAGAUCUUGUUUUCAGUGCUGCAAGCAGAGGGGGUUAAUUCCUACAAUUCUUGUGGUCUGCGUAAACUCUGCUGUUGUCCAGAACAUGUUUCAGAUUUAUGGGAUGGCUCUUUUCCCCGCACCAGGACGUGCUGGAGCCUGUGGAGCACACUCCAUAUAAGGGCUGGGAUCCUCGUGUACCUCCUGUGUACCUCUGGGGCAAGCAGGGAGAGGGGCAGGAGCUGAGCAUCGCCUUGCCUUCCUCCUGCCCUCAUGGAGCGGAUUCUGGUCCAGCGUUUGAGAAGCAUUCCUAACAUUGUGACAAAGAAGACAAGCCUGAGGAAUAAAUGGAGGUUUAUUCUAAAGCGUAUACAAGCGUAUGACGCGUGCUGUAGGCAGAUUUUCAUGUUUUUAACUCUCAAAAAACCUCUCUUUCCCCUCUUGCAAAGAUGAUUUGCUCUUUGAUAACGUCACUUUAAAGCCAUUAGACAAAAAAAGGGCUGCCCCAUGUCUGCAGCACAGCACAGCCUCGAGCAGAGCCCCAUCACUGCACGCUGGAUUCUAAAUUUCACACUUAAAACUUUCUGGUCAGAUGGUCUGCAGCAGAAUAUAGAGCUGGAAUGUGCUGGCUUCCAAUGAGCGACUUGUUUUCAUUCGCACAGUGAUGUUUAGCCUUACGAGCUGUGUUGGCGGGUGGUUUUUCUUGAGAACCCAAGAUAAGGGGAAUGAACUGCCUUGUUGUCAUCUCCUGACUGAUCCUCAGCUGUUUUCCUGCACUCGUCCUUCAGUUUCUUUGUCCAAAUUUGAUGCUUGCUGUCUUUUUUUAAUACGAGGUCGUUUUGCAGAUAACCUCCUUCAAUUUUUUUAAUUCUUUUACUGAAUUUCAUCCCUUUGCUCCUAAUUCUUCCAUCGUGGCUGCGUGGUGACCAGCAACAGGGUGAGAGCUGAUGGCCUCCAGUUGUGCCAGGUGAGGUUCAGGUUGGACAUUAGGAACAGCCUCUUCUAUGCAGUGGCACA